GUGUCUCUUUCUCUCGUCUUUUAUUUCACGUCCAUCCUUUCUCUUCUCGCCACUUCUAGCCCUUUCGAUCCACUGAACAACAUGCCCAAGUUGCCACCGACCGUCCCAGACCGUGCUCAAGCAGCUAAUCGGAUGAUUCUACGUCCUAGGAGGACCAAGAGCGGCAACAGCGUUGACACUGCUCCAAAGGUGUUCCAAGACACUGUCUUCUCGAUCCCAGAGCUUGUUCACUUAAUCACCGACCAUCUGAUAAAACGCGAUCUCGCGGUUCUCAUCCGUGUCAACCGUGCCUGGAAUAGCAUUUGGAUUCCUUAUCUCUACAAAAGUCUAUCCUUUUCCCAUUCCGACCGAACCGACGUCUAUCCAACGAUCUGCAAAUACGGAGACCAUGUCAUGACCCUCUGUCUCACGUUUACAACAUGGGCCAGCACCCAGCACUUUCUAUACUUUACAAACAACCUGCAAUCGCUCACGCUCCGAUUCCAGAUCUUGUGCACUUCAUAUCUCGAGCAGAUCACGGAGACGGUGCCACAGCUUCGAGCCUUACAUAUCACCCUGGAACAACCCGUAGUACAGCCGUUGGACUGUCAGAUGACCCCUGUAGCGACUCUUAAGAAUCUGAAGGACUUUUCCUGGUGCGUCAAUACCAACGUCCGCAUCGACGAUAUUCUUUUGGUGCUCAGAAAUUGCCGUCAGCUCAGGUCGUUGAUUCUGGAAAGGGUCGCCAUAGUAGAGGAGCUUAAGAACGCCCACCAUGAGCAGGAACCAGAUGAGAAGAAGGAGCGCACUGGGUUGAGCAAGGUGGAUGAUGAAGGUUGGGUGAACACAUCGCUUCGGUCGUUGAACUUGACUGUGAGAUGGCACCCUGAGGAUUCGAGCACUACGCAUCCUCACUUUCGUCGUCUUUUUCAGCACCUUCCCAACCUCGAAUGCAUUAAACUCGACUGGAAGAGCAAUGUCAUCGCUCUGGACUGGAGAGAUAUCUUCGAGGAUCGAGCCACCCUGCAGAGAACCAUGCCAGAAUCUCAUAUUACGACCAUCGAUCUCGACCAUUGCACUGGAAGCAGCGUCAGGAAUGACACCUCAGUGAUGGGUGUGGUGAUGGCAGUGGUGCAUGAAGACCAGGCUCUCACACAACCGACACGUAUGCCUCGAUCAGUCCACGUAUCGCCAGGAAUAUCACAGAGUCUGGUUGCCUUCGACAUUGAAGGGUGUUUGGGAUUCAACAGCAUCAAUGCUUCUAUACUUCUGGAGAACUGCACGGCGUUGCGCAGAUUGAACCUGUUAGGCACGAUGGCCGGGACAAUCGAACUCUUCAAGGGGAGUAAACCGUGGCCAUGCGCCAACAUGCUCGAGAAUCUGAGUAUGGAUAUCCAACCACUCGAUUAUCAACCUCCGCCGUUUAUGGAACCCUGGCCUCCACUCAGGCUGUACACGUCUGGGGAAAUGCAGUCAAUUUGGGGACGGCUGUGUUCGUUCACGUCCCUAGUUGGUCUAAAGCUCGGGGGCGAAGCAUUAACGUUUGAUAUGAUCCAGGACUUUACGUUUGCGCCAAACCUUCGAGUAGUGAACCUAGAGUUCCCAAUGACCGCGGACAACAUGGCUACACUUCGAGAGGUAGCUCUCGUGUACGGCCAGGCCCUGUUCCCGAACUGGAUUGUGUCGUCUGAUAUCACUUAUCUCUCCUUUCGUCCAGCCGUCGCGGUUACAGCUCAUUUCGAUAAAACGAGUUAUAUGUUCGAAUGGCCAAGAUGAGCCCUAGAUUGAGAAGUCGUGCUACAUCCAUCUAAGCGGGUCAUCAAACUGAGAAAUUCAACCGGCCGAGCUUAAUAAGUCGAAGACUCGAUAGUAUAUCUAACCUAGCUUAGAAUAAGAAUCAGACGAUCCUUUGCAAUCCAG